AUGCCCGCCAUUGCUAAAACUGCUCUCAGCCACUUGUCUGGGCCAAUCGUCAGUGUCACCGUUGGCUCUGGAGCCGAAGCUAAAACCCGGGCCCUUCACAAAGAUCUCCUCAAGGCCAAGUCGCGGUACUUUGAAGGCUGUCUUAGCGGCAAAUUCUCCGAGUCAGUCAACAAUCAAGUCACCCUACCUGAUAUGAACCCGGAGGCGUUCGGUGCAUUCGUCGUGUGGGCAUACACCGGCAAGAUCGAAUCCGAUGACAAAGACUGCAAGAUAGACCGCGCUUCAAAGCUCGUACGUCUCUGGAUCUUGUCAGAUCGCCUGAUGUGCGAAAGCUUGCAGAAUUUGUGCAUGGACCAGCUAAGAUCCUUGUUGUUCGGGAGUCAUCCCCAGACAGCUGACCUGGUGUUGAUCGUCGACACUCUCAACCUCGAUUCGGUGCUUGCGGACUAUUACAUCAAGCAAAUGGCCUUCGACAUGGCUUGGGGCUGGUGGGACGAUAUCGUGAUCCAACAUAGCUGGCAUACCUAG